AUGCAGCAAAUCACUUACAUGAGCACUUGUUCAAUGAGCAUCGAGAUGGACCAAGCCAUAACACGGCCAUCGCAGGAGGUUCCCGCCGCGUAUCUUCACCUGGUUGAUACGAGAAGCAACAACCAGUCUCAGCAGCUGCAUCCCGUGUACGAACGGCAGAUCUUCAAGAUUGGUCGGGAUAUUCGUUCCAACACGCUGGCGAUCGAUGAUGAUCUGGAAAUGAUGGUUUCACGAAAUCACUGCGAGGUUUACGUUGUUGUAUAUGAACCAACUGUCAAUCACAUCUACGUUCGAGAUCGAAAGUCCUCAAACGGCACCCUGGUUAAUGGGAAGACCAUUGGGUCUGGACCAGAUAUCAGCCCCGGAUACCUGUUGCAACAUGGCGAUCUGUUUGCCAGUAAGUAUCGGGUAACCGAUCAUUGUCUCGGUCAAGGGGCAGAGGCUGUCGUAUGUCUCGCCAAUGACGUUGAAACCGGAAAGCAGUUGGUCUGCAAGUUGAUCAACUUGGACAAGAUCCGUGGGAAGAACGCCCAAGACGACAUCCGACGCAAGUUCCAGGAAACGGACAUCUUGCGACAAUUGCAACAUCCCAACAUCCUCUCUUAUGUGGAUGCGAUAUCCUCUCCUCAUACACUUUACACUUUCACAGAACUUGCAGCAGGUGGAGACCUCAUGUCAUUCAUUAUGCGGCGUGGCACUGUCAAGGAGUCCGAGUCCAGAAUCAUCAUUCGCCAAGUAGUUCAAGGUCUUCACUAUCUCCACCGGAAAGGAAUCGUGCACCGCGAUCUGAAACCAGAAAACAUCCUACUGGCAUGUUCUCCAAAGAUCACUCACCAUCGAGUGAUGCUCUCAGACUUUGGCACCUCUGCGGUCCCUCGACGUAGCAGAAUGACUACAAAUGCUGGAACUUCUGGCUACCAGGCACCAGAAUUCGUAUCGAACAGCCAAGCCCAUACAGCAGCUGUUGAUAUCUGGUCUUUGGGCGUUGUUGCCUUCACCCUUCUAGUAUCUGACCGUCAUGAUACAAUGCUCAGCAGUUUGGAUGAAGAGGAAAUCCGCCAAUACGUCACACGAAUCUUCAGCUAUCUGCCACGAAAGCCUUCUUCUGACGUAGUCAACUUUGUUCGGAGCUGCCUGAAGCCGAAUCCUUUACACAGAAUCAGCGCUCAAGAAGCGAAGAAACAUAAGUGGCUACGUGACAACAAGAAGAAUGCAGAACUAUUGAAGCGUCUUGAAAAAGUCGUCUUGUCUUCUUGGAAGCCUCAAGGUGCACUCAGGCCGAUACCCUGGUCGUUACCCGACCUCGCCCCGAUUUCACGGCAUCAAAAGCUUGACUGCUAUAGCUUGAGAGACGUGAUGACCAGGUUGGUUCAAACCUUCCUUUUCAUGAUAACCUUCUGUUAA